GUUUUGCUCUUUGGUCAAAGAGAUGAUAGCCAAUGGAGUGGGCAGCACAGUGGAGCUGGAGGGAGAGACUGAUGGGGAUACCUUAGAGUAUGAGUACGACCAUGAUGAGAAAGGUGAGAGAGUGGUGCUGGGGAAGGGCACGUAUGGAGUCGUGUACGCUGGCAGAGAUCUGAGCAAUCAAGUGCGAAUAGCCAUCAAAGAAAUUCCAGAGAGAGACAGCAGGUACUCCCAGCCUCUGCACGAGGAGAUCGCCCUUCACAAGUACCUCAAGCACCGCAACAUUGUUCAAUACCUAGGCUCCGUGUCCGAGGAUGGCUACAUCAAGAUAUUUAUGGAGCAGGUGCCUGGGGGAAGCCUUUCAGCUCUUCUGCGAUCAAAGUGGGGGCCGAUGAAGGAGCCCACCAUCAAAUUCUACACCAGGCAGAUCCUGGAAGGCCUCAAAUACCUGCAUGAAAACCAGAUUGUGCACAGAGACAUCAAGGGUGAUAACGUUCUGGUGAACACCUAUAGUGGAGUGGUGAAGAUCUCCGAUUUCGGCACCUCAAAACGUCUUGCAGGAGUGAAUCCGUGUACGGAGACUUUUGCUGGCACGCUGCAGUACAUGGCACCGGAGAUCAUCGACCAAGGCCCUCGUGGGUACGGCGCCCCCGCUGACAUCUGGUCCCUGGGCUGCACCAUCAUUGAGAUGGCCACCAGCAAGCCUCCGUUCCAUGAGCUCGGUGAGCCACAGGCAGUGAUGUUCAAGGUGGGGAUGUUUAAGAUCCACCCAGAGAUUCCGGAAACCCUCUCAGCUGAAGCCAGAGCCUGCCUCUUAUCCUGUUUUGAGCCUGACCCCCACAAACGUGUGACCGCUGCAGGCCUGCUCCAAGAGGGCUUCUUCAGGCAGGUGCACAAGGGCAAGAAGAACCGGAUUGCUUUCAAGCCGGCAGAGGGUCCCCGGGGCACCGUGCUGACCCUGCCCCCAUCCGGAGAGCUGCCGGGCAGCAGCAGCAGCGAGCAUGGCUCCGUCUCCCCAGACUCCGACGCCCAGCCUGACACGUUCUUCGAGAAGUCCCGCCUGCCGGUGCAGCGGCUCAGCCACCUGCUCAGUGUUCCCGAUGAGAGUUCGGCCUUGGAGGACCGGAGCGCAGCCUCGUCCCCGGAAGACAGGGACCAGGGCCUUUUCCUGCUGCGAAAGGACAGUGAGCGCCGUGCCAUCCUCUACAAAAUCCUCUGGGAGGAGCAGAAUCAGGUGGCUUCCAACCUGCAGGAGUGCGUAGCCCAGAGUUCAGAAGAGUUGCAUCUCUCAGUCGGCCACAUCAAGCAAAUCAUUGCGAUCCUGAGAGACUUCAUCCGCUGCCCAGAGCACAGGGUGAUGGCAUCCACAAUAUCAAAGCUCAAGGUGGACCUGGACUUUGACAGCUCAUCCAUCAAUCAGAUUCACCUGGUACUGUUUGGAUUUCAGGAUGCUGUAAAUAAAAUCUUGAGGAACCACUUAAUUAGGCCCCACUGGAUGUUUGCAAUGGACAACAUCAUCCGACGAGCAGUGCAGGCUGCGGUCACCAUCCUCAUCCCAGAGCUCCAAGCCCACUUUGAGCCUGGCUCAGAGACCGAAGGCAUGGAAAAGGACACCAAUGAGAUGGAAGAGGACUAUUCCCCCGCAGACCCACCUGCAAGCGAGGCACAGGUGGCACGUGGAUGGAGCGAGCCAGCUUCAGCAGUUGCUCAGGAGGCCCCACCCCAGCAGCACCUGAGCUUUCAGCUGAGCAAACUGAGGCAGGAGACCAGCAGACUUUUGGAACACCUGGUUCAAAAAGAGAUAGAGUACCAGAAUCUUCUACGGCACAUCCUAGAACAGAAAACUCAAGAAUUGUACCACCUUCGGUUACAAUUCACCUCCAGUGGUGAGUGAUUUUCCACUUGCUGGGACUUGUGUGUGUGAGACCGUUAAAAUCUGGCUAGACUACUAGUCAGCCUUGACACAGCUGAGGUUAUUCUCAGCUCAAACCAGUAAGUACUCCAGUAGAUUCCAGAAUACUCAUCAACAAUAAAAAGGAACUACCACUACAUUCAAAAGCAGAUGAAUUGCAAAGAAGCCAACAUGUUUCAAUUCCAUAAAUGUUGAACAUUUAUACGAUACUCUGUUAAAGCAAAACUAUAGGGACAGAAAAGAAAUCAGAAUGGGUGGGGGAGGAGAAUAAUAGAAGGCCCCAAGAACUUUGGGGCUGAUAGAGAAAUUUCUCUUGAUUGUAGUGGUGGUUCCUUACCUGUGCUUAGUAGUUCUCAGCAUUGCACACCUAAAAAGGGUGGUUUACUGACUAAGGUGUACCUCAGUCAGCCAGCCUUAAGCAACUGGUGCCACCUACACAAGGGCUCCAGCUGCCUCUUGGAAUGUGGGGUGGAUAAGCUGUGAAGCGAAACUCAGUAUUGAAACCUAUCUCCUCAUUUGAAUUCCAGUGUACUUCAGAGAUAUGAUUCCUUAGAAAAGCAUUUUAAAGAUGGGAAAACACAUUUAAAGUGGUAGAUAAUGUAUCAAACUCCAAACUAACUAAAAUAUUUAUGUAUGAUACCUUUAAUCUCUAUAAAGUGAUGCCAAGGACUGUGGACUCUUAUGCAGUGUGUAGCUGAGCCAGGCUUAAACCAUUUCUUUUUCACAGCACAAUUACAUUCUGGAAUAGUUUAUUUCAUCCAACUUUCUACUCAAAGACUUUUACUGUUACACAUCAGCAUACAACAUAACACAUUUCUAAUCAUUACAGAGAACUCAGUGUCCCCUCCUGGGUCUCAUGAGCAGCGAACAGAUAAAGAGCUUGUCGAGUGGUUGCAACUGCAAGGAGCAGAUACGAGAACAAUUGAAAAGGUAAGCUGAGAACCAAACCAUUCCUAGGCUGUUAUUACAAAGCUGCUUAGCUCUUGAUGUAUGUGAUCUUUGUUUCAGAUUCUUGAAGAGGGUUACACACUGUCUGAUAUUCUUAAUGACAUCACUAAGGAAGACCUAAGGUACCUUAGACUACGGUAAGAAUAGCCUCAAAACAUUUUGUGUAACAGAAAAUGGCUUUUUUGGUGUGGUUAGGCUUUUUACAUAAAAGCAGUAGAAAAGAAAGUGCUGGUAGCUUUCCCCCUUUCCUUUAGUCAGGAAACAAAAACUACCCAACCGCACUCCAAACUCUGGAGUUUCCAAGGGUGAAGCUGGGGAAAAGCUUAGAGGGAGCAGAAGCUAAAGGCCCAGUAGGCACAGUCAGCAGACUGCCAGGCUGGGAGCGGAAUGAGGAAAGACAGGAGUUGACAGCAGGCCACACUCAAACCCUUUCGCUCUCCUCCACUGGUCAUCUUUAACAGCCUACUUUGCGCAGAUGCCCUGGCACUCCUGUACAUACCUCUAAGGCCACAUCCCACUUGUGCUGGGGUAGAAAUUCCACCUCCAUAUGUGAAGGGAACACAUUCCUAUUUUAGUUUUUAAGUUAGGGACUGCAUUUUUAAGACUAGCCAGCAAAACAAGUCUAGAAGUACAUACUAUAGCUUUUGCCAUAAGGGCUCCUAAAGAAGUAUUGUGUGGUACUGCUUUGAAGUCAUCUUUCCUUACGACUCACUCUAAAGAAGACUUCUGUUUGUUUCGUAGCGGUGGUCUUCUCUGCAGGCUCUGGACUGCAGUCUCCCAGUACAGAAGACGGGCUCAGGGGGCCCCAGCAGCCCAAGAUGAGGCUUAAUAAUCAGCCACGCGGGGGGUAGUGGGAGCCCAGAGCUGACAUCUUUGUUAAAGCUUCUGUUACAUACACACCAAUCCUGCUGCAAUUCCACAAGGAAAACACCACUGUUCAUUGAACAAAUUUAAGAACUUGAAGUUCUAAAGAAUUAUGGAAAAAAUGUUAAUAUUUCUCAACAUGUUUUAAAGGUGAGUGGAACUGUAUUUUGAGAACUGUGAUUGUAAAACUUGGUCUUGACAUCCCCAAGUAUUAUGGGAUUCUUUACCUUCAAACAUUUGCUGGAAAGGUGGAACAACAGGUGUUUAACAAAAAGGCUGGGACUCACUGUUUCAAUCAUACAUUCCAUACAUGAAUGGGAACUGCACUUAAAAUUAGAAAAAGAAAAAAAUCAAUAAGACUAUGCCUUGUAGUUAAUAAUGUUUGAUAUGAAUGUAAAUAGAAAACUUAAGAAAAUAGCUUCAUAUUUAUAUUGAAUGUAUAAAUGGAGAAAACUAACUUAUUUGGCCUUUGAAACGAAGUAGUUAUAUUUAAACAUGGAAUUGUCCUUCCACCCCUGCCAAGUUAUAAUAAAUAAUUGUUUUAUUAAUGAGA